AUUAUUCCUGUAGAAUUAUUAGAUUCAUAAAAUAAGAAACGUAUCCAUUAUUAUUGAAAGAUCAGAUGGAUGAUCAAAUCUUACGAGUGAUAGGUAACAAUCUGGUGUCGUAACAUAUAGAUUUGAGUAGGUAGUUUAAAAUUUCGAUUAAACAAGGGUUAUAGAGAGACUUGAGACAGCUCUGGUUCUAUUUACAUUUUUUUUGCCAUCUCUCAAUUCGUUAUCCAGCUCGGAAUAUUUAUUGUCAACACAUAAAGGUUGAAUUUAUUAAGAUAGAGAGUAAUUUUAGUGUAAGUGGAAAUUCUCUUCGGAUACGAAAGUACACAUACGAUUACGAUUCUUAACCUUUAGUGACUGAUUUUAUCAUGCCGAAAUUGUGCAUAAGUUUUUCAUUAGCAACUAGACUUAUUGGCACAUUUGGACUUACUGUGUCAAUUUUAAUGAUAAAUAUAUUAGCGACUUCAUUUUUAUCGACAGAAGACCUUGAUCAAAUUUCAGCAACUAUCGAAUCUUGGACCUUAUUUGGAUUAAAUUGGACUUUUAUAGUGAAAAAAACGCAAGGUCAAAAACACGCUGAGGUUUUGAUGAUCUGCAUUCUCCUUUAUGCUGGAAUCUCUUUAAUUGUGAAUGGUCUGCUAUCUUUUGCUUCGACAUCCAGGAAACCACAACUUACGCUGCCCUGGAUAUGCGUACAAGUAAUUAACAUAAUCGAUCAGAGCAUCGCAAUCGCAGUACAUUUGUCUUGUACUGAUUUCAGUUCUCGUGGUAAGAGAUCUCCCUGGUAUAUGCCGAUUUCUAGUAUGUAUUUAGUGCUGAGUGCUUAUUUUCUGAUAAUCGUCUGUGCUGCCAGAAAAGAAUGGACCAAUUCUUCACGAGAAAAUGAGAAUAUUUAUAUUUCCACAAUCACGAGAACUUACGACUUAUCACAAGGAUUAAACAUGCCAAAAUCUCCAUCAUAUAUAUAUGUUCAAAAUUCAUUUAUGGAAUCACCAAAAUCCAUGAUUGAAUCUAAAUACACACAAGUUUGACAAAUCGCGAAAAGUUAAUAAUUAAUGACUUAAUUUAGGACUGAAUUACAAUUUAAGUCUAAACAAUCAUCUUACUAUUAGUAGAAAAUUUUUAUUUUUAUUAAAUAUUUUCACCAGCAGAUCUUAUGUUUAUAUCCAUGAAUUAAUUUAUAAUUCUUUAAUAAUAUAAUUUAACAUUUACGGUAUAAAUGUGCGAAAUAGUUAAUUUGAAACCUUUUGUAAUUUAAACAAAAUUUGAAAUUUAUUUCAAAAAUAUAUUCAUCUC